AUGAUGCUGAGUCCGGACCAAGCCGCCGACUCGGACCACCCCAGCUCGGCACACUCGGACCCGGAGUCGCUGGGCGGCGCGGACCCAAAGGUGCUGGGCAACGUGUCGGACGUGGAGCCGGUGGAGGAGGCCGAGGGAGACGGCAAGGGCGGCAGCCGGGCCGCGCUCUACCCGCACCCGCAGCAGCUGAGCCGCGAGGAGAAGCGCCGCCGCCGGCGCGCCACCGCCAAGUACCGCUCGGCCCACGCCACCCGCGAGCGCAUCCGCGUGGAAGCCUUCAACCUGGCCUUCGCCGAGCUCCGCAAACUGCUGCCCACGCUGCCCCCGGACAAGAAGCUCUCCAAGAUCGAGAUCCUGCGCCUGGCCAUCUGCUACAUCUCCUAUCUCAACCACGUCCUGGACGUGUAG